CUUUUCAUUUAGAAGUUCUGGGGACGUGUGAAUUCCUGUCGUUUUAACACGAAAUCCCUUCCGUACUUUAAAGAGCGUCCCUGAUGUCUAACGAAUUGAGUAAGAUUGAUUUCGUACCGAUUUACAGUUCACUGCGACAACGGAAACCCCGUAUAACAAUAAGUGGUAUAAGGAUCCAUUAAAAACUGGUUUUUGAUUUCGACAUGUCGACAUCAUUCAUCAGAAAGAGGGCUUUGUAUAAGCGGAAAACAACUGAACAUUUUUCCAGAAGCUUUUCAAGUGGGCGCAGUUUACUGGGCGAGACUAUUUACAGCCAAACUUUAGAUAUUUCUAAUGAUAAAUCACUUGACGACAUUAUCAGCAGUUAUGUAGAAAAUGUUGUCAACGAUACCAAACAUGUAUUUCCUGCGGGACCAGUUUUCUAUAAGGGAUCCAUCGUUUGUGAACAGUCUCGCGGGGAAUAUACAAUACAUUUCCACUUGUAUACAAAUUCUGUUUGGAAUGAAGACAUACAAGCCUUAGCUAAGAAGACAUAUUUUGAGGCGCUGUCAAAGCAGAUCGCUGGGUUGUCCCUAAAAUCAGAAAGGUUAUUGCAACCUUUGAGAAAUGUUGUACAGGGUGCUGUAGAUACUAACAUUUCUGAUGAGCGCUCACACAAUGGAGCAGAAGACAAUAUACAUGUAGCGGAUACGGAAAGGGAGAUGAUAACUACAUUUCUUAGGGGGGAUUCAUUGACGAGGUGGUCAUUCUUGGAUAUUUUGAAAGACAUGUACAUUUUUGACGUGUCUCAUACUACUUUUUUAUCUCGAUGGGUCCAUUUCAUUGCAACACCCAUCAACAUGAUUCUGAGCAUGAUGUUUCUUUCUCAGUUCUACCUGAUUGGUGGACCCCGUGAUAGUAUAAUAAAUCUGAAUGUCUCGCAUAUACUCAUUAUCCUACUUGUGGCGUCCUAUAUGCGUUUGGGAACCAUUCGGAACUGCGAGUUGUGGGCAAUUACCGUAUCCAUCGUGCUGCUGUGCCUUUCUUUGACAGGUAGAUCGCUUUACAUUCGUGUCUGCGGAUACGAGUCUUGUUCGGAAGGCAUCUAUUUUUUACCCUUGGUGUUAGGAUUUUUUACUAGUUUGUGCCAAAUCACCAGCGAUCACUUAUAUUCGGACUCUUCAACCGGAGAUAUUUCACUAGAAAUGCUGAAAAAUAUUCUGUAUGGAUUUACUUUUGACACCAGUCUGUCACUGGACGACCAACUUAGACAAGUGGUAUGGUUUUUUACAUGGACAGUACCAUCGACAUUUGUGUCUUGGAUACAGCAGCUUGGAGUUCAGGUUGCGUUUGUCCUGACUAAUAUCGGAUACAGACCUAGUGGCGCGGAGGUGUAUAUAAAGUACUUAAGAAGAUGUGAGCAAAAUGGCUUGGAUAUCUACCAUCGAUUGCCAAAGUCCUCCAGGGAGAUAUCUAGGAUGUCCAUGUCGUCCCCAUGUGUUCUGGCUCUGAAGGAAUAUGGACUGAUGAAAAAAGAGGCAUUCACUACCAGCGAAACUCUCAGCCUUUGUGUCACUAUCAGACUUUGCUCGAUGUAUCUGAGAAAGUACUAGUAUCGAUCAUUUGGGAUUUUGAUUCACAUACAAGAACAUAUGUUCAGCUUUGAUAAAUUACUUUUGUAUCUUUAUAAGUUUUACAAUCAAAUAUAUCAGUUUUUAAGUCACCUGAGUCACUCAGGUGGCCUAUUGCUAUUGGUCUGCGUCCGUCGUCGUACGUUAACAACUUCUUCCCAGAAACUACUGGACCAAUCUUGACCAAAUUUGAUAUGUAGCAUCUGUAGGUGAAGGAGACCGGAAAUUGUAAAUUUCAUGACCCCCACCUUAAGGGGCCUUGAUUUUGGGGUAAAAACUGUAAAAUUUAAUCUUCUUUACUCCUGGGCAUAUAGCACGGAAAGUGAGUAUAUAGUAAUGAUGAGCAAGGAAGUUUAUCGAAAUUGCAAAUUUCAAGACCCCCGGGGUAGGGGUUCUGACCCCAGGAUGGGACCAAACCUGGUCUAUAGUGUUCAUGUUUAAAAAAAACUUAAAUAACAUCUUCUUUAGUACUAUUGAAACUAAAUGGAUAUUUAGAAAAAGCAAAUAAACCUUUACUAAAAUUGUAAAUUUGAUGAAUCCAGGGGUAGGGGUUUUGGUAUUACUGUGGGGCCAAAAUGGUCAGUUAUUUUUAACUUUUUCUUGAUAACUACUCUUCCAAUUCUUUUCAAAUUUGGUAUGAACAAGGGGGACAUAAGCUGUAUAUUUCAGGAAUCCUGUACAUCUGGGGCCUUAGGCUCAGGGCAAAAACUGCCCAAAAUUGACAAAUUUUCAAAACUCUUAUUUUCUACAACCGCACAUGUUUAAGAAAAACUAAAUACAUAGUGAUGUACAGCGAGAAGGCCUCUACCCAAGUUGUAAAUUUCAUGAUCCCCGGGUUAGGGGUUCUGACCCCAGGGCAGGGCCAAACUUACUAUAUAGUGUUUAUGUGUAAAAUACAUAAAUAACAUCUUUAGUGUUAUUCAAUACUAAAUUAAAACUAAAUGGAUAUUUAGACAGAACAGGUAUUCCUUUACCUAAAUUGUAAAUUUGAUGAUCCCAGGGGUAGGGGUUCUGACCCCAGGGUGGGGCCAAACUUAGUAUAUAGUAUUUGUGUGCAAGUUUGCUGAUACUAUAUGUAAAACUUGUACGGUACCAAUUUUGAUGCACCAGAUGCGCAUUUCGACAAAUAAUGUCUCUUCAGUGAUGCUCAACCGAAAUGUUUGAAAUCCGAAAUAACUAUGAAGUUUUAGAGCUAAAUAUAGCCAAAACCAGCGUGCCAAAAAACUGGAGCCAAAUUCGUCCAAGGAUAAAAGCUAUGCAUGAGGGAGAUAAUCCUUAAUUUUGAAAUGAAUUUCUAAAUUUUAUAACAGCAAUUUAAAUAUACAUCCGUAUUUUCAAGCUAGUAACGAAGUACUUAGCUACUGGGCUGUAGAGACCAUCGGGGACUAACAGUCCACCAGCAGAGGCCUCGACCCAGGGGUCAUAAUGUAAAACUUGUACGGUAAACGUACAUUCUGUCUGUCUGUAUGUCAACAGUAAACGUACAUUUUGUCUGUCUGCAUGUUAACAGUAAAUGUACAUUCUGUCUGCAUGUUAACAGUAAACGUACAUUCUGUCUGCAUGUCAACAGUAAACGUACAGUCUGUAUGUCAACAUUAAAUGUACAUUCUGUAUGUCAACAGUAAACGUACAUUCUGUAUGUCAACAUUAAAUGUACAUUCUGUGUGUCAACAGUAAACGUACAUUCUGUAUGUCAACAGUAAACAUACAUUCUGUCUGCAUGUUAACAGUAAACGUAGAUUCUGUCUGUCUGUAUGUCUACAGUAAACGUAGAUUCUGUCUGUCUGUAUGUCUACAGUAAACAUAGAUUCUGUUUGCAUGUUAACAAUAAACGUACAUUCUGUCUGUCUGUAUGUCUACAGUAAACGUAGAUUCUGUCUGUCUGCAUGUCACCAGUAAACAUAUAUUGUGUUUGUCUGUAUGUUAACAGUAAACGUACAUUCUGUAUGUCAACAUUAAAUGUACAUUCUGUGUGUCAACAGUAAACGUACAUUCUGUAUGUCAACAGUAAACGUACAUUCUGAAAUGAAUUUCUAAAUUUUAUAACAGCAAUUUAAAUAUACAUGUACAUCCGUAUUUUCAAGCUAGUAACGAAGUACUUAGCUACUGGGCUGUAGAGACCAUCGGGGACUAACAGUCCACCAGCAGAGGCCUCGACCCAGGGGUCAUAAUGUAAAACUUGUACGGUACCAAUUUUUGAUGCACUAGAUGCGCAUUUCGACAAAUAAUGUCUCUUCAGUGAUGCUCAACCGAAAUGUUUGAAAUCCGAAAUAACUAUGAAGUUUUAGAGCUAAAUAUAGCCAAAACCAGCGUGCCAAAAAAGUGGAGCCAAAUUCGUCCAAGUAUAGGAGCUAUGCAUGAGGGAGAUAAUCCUUAAUAUAUAAAAUCUAAAUGCAUACUUAGGAAUAACAGAAAAGGAUGUACAAAAAAUGGUUAAUUUUACAAUCCAGAGUUUUGACUCUAGGAUGGGUCCAAAUUAGUCGUAUCUUUUUAUGUUUUAAUGUUAAUACACCUAUUAUAUUAUUUAAAGCCUUUCAUCAGUGUAUGCACUUUUGAGGGCAUUAAAGUUUUAAGAACACAUCUUGUUUUAUACUGUUGCUGAACAUUACAAUUUAGCUUAGAUAUUCAGAUCAGGAAUUUAUUUUCUAGAUUUCAUAGCCCUUGGGAGUAGUGAUACUUUUUCACUAGUACUCAGGUGACCGAUAAGGUCUGUGGGCCUCUUGUUUUUUAUUUUACGUAUAUGUUUGAUGUGAUUUUCAAGGACAGUACUACAUGCAAAAAUAAUAUACUUUUGUUGAAAUAAAGAACAAAUUCUGUA